CUUGCCAGUGCGUAAACAACAAGGGGGAGGGAGAAGAGCACAUUAAAAGAGCAGAAUAAGAAGCAGAGCAACAAAAAAAUCGAAGGGAAGGAUGUUGGUGUAUGAAUGUGAGAGCAAGUGCAGUAGUUAGCUGUAAAUUCGAGAUGACACAAAAAAAGCAGAUUGAGCUGUAAUUGGAAUCCAAAUCGAAUCCAAAAAAGAAGUUGUGUUGUGAAUUCCAUUUGCAGCCCUCCAGAAUUGGCCAGAAAUGGAGGAGUCCGCAUCGAAUAAUCCAGCUGCAGUUGCGUCACGUGGCCGCGGACGUGGGCGGCCGCCGAAAAUAGCGCCUCCCACUGAUGCGUCCGCCCCCAAUCCGCCGCCCAAUCCCCCCAAGGAUCCGUCACCCACUCCGCCGGAGGAUGCAGAUGGCGGGCAGAACGAGUGCCGCCGCAGUUCGCGCAAGAAGAUCAUCAAGUUCGACGUUCGCGAUUUGCUGAACAAGAACCGGAAGGCGCACAAAAUCCAGAUCGAGGCACGCAUCGACUCGAGUCCAGGUCCUAGUUCGUCGGGGCCAGUCCCGUCGACCUCAUCCGUGAGUCGUUUGUUCUCCAUGUUCGAGAGCAGUCAGCAGUCGUUGCCGCCGCCACCGCCGCCGCCCGCUCUGGAGAUCUUCGCCAAGCCCAGGCCCACCCAGAGCCUGAUUGUGGCCCAGGUGACCAGCGAGCCGAGCGCCAAUCCCGGCAACACGCUGGCCAACCUGCCAGUGGUGGCCGCCCGCAAGCGGGGUCGUCCGCGGAAGAGCCAGCCCCCUAUGGAAGUGGCUUCGUCACCUGCCACUGCUGCGCCCAGCUGCUCGGACUCGGACACCAAUUCCACCAGCACGAGCACCUCCACCGGCAGCUGUGGCGACAGCGGGGAUCCAGCUGGCUUUGUUAAACGUAAGCCCAAGUCCAAGCUGCGAGUCUCCCUCAAGCGCUUGAAUUUGGUGCGCAGGCAGGAGUCCUCCGAUUCCGGGGACAUGGUCAUGGGCAGCUCGCCGUUAUCUUCGUCGCCGGAGGUGGAGCCGCCUGCCCUGCAGGAUGAGAAUGCGCUUGACGAGCAGCCCGAAAACGAGCAGGAGGUGUCGCGAAUUGUCGUUGCCGGGGAUACCUCUGAUUCCGAUUCGCAGAUCAUAUUCAUCGAGAUCGAAACGGAGAGUCCCAAAGCAGAGGAGCAGGAACAUGAACCCCAAGCCGAAGGGGAGCCACUAGUAAUCGACAUUGCCAAGCAGGGCCAAAAUUCCGACGCGGAACAAGAUCUCGACGAGAUAAUGGUGGAGGUGUUAAGUGGACCGCCCAGCCUGUGGUCAGCAGACGACGAAGACGAGGAGGAUGCGGCAGCAGCAGCUGCGGAGAGAGCCACCCCACCAGAAGGCGAAGUGGAAGCCGAGUCUUCUUCUCCGGCUCCGCGGCGCAGCAGGCGAUCCGCGCAGCCAAGGGGCAGCAGCAGGCUGGGCAAGACCCUCGAGGAGACAUUCGCCGAGAUUGCUGCCGAGAGUAGCAAGCAGAUCCUGGACGCGGAGGAGUCACAAGACCAGGAGGAGCAGCAUAUGCUGAUAGAUCUCAUCGAGGACAGUCUAAGUCAGCCGGAGUCCCUCAGUACCAAGUUCAUUUCGCCGUCGCAGUCACCCACUAUCGAGAACAUGGAGCUGGAGGAAGUCGAAGUCGAGACGAAAUCAAUGCAGGAGACAAUCACUACCAAGCAGGAAUCCGUCCCUGCAGUUGCUUUAGGGACACCAGAGACCGAGCCAGUUUCGCCGAAGCCAGCAAUCCUUAUUCCGGAGUCUAAAAAGAUUACUCCAAACUCGGGAGAAUCAAUGCCUAAACUGAAAGAGAAAACAGAAGCUAUACCAGAGGUAAAAUUGGUCACCAAAGCUGUCGCGAAUCCAGAUCCGGUCGCCAAAACUGUUUCCAAGAUAGAAACGGUCACCAAGGCUGUUCCGAAGCCAGAAUCUGUCACCAAAGGUGUUACAAAACCAGAAUCUAUCACCAAAGAUGUCCCAAAGGCAGCAGAGAUUACUGGAGCUAAGUCAGCGACCACCAUACAUGUUCAGCCCGUAAAGAAACUGGGUAAUAAAUUAGAUUCAGAAAUAAAACGACCUAUAGAAACUGUCCUACCUGAGAAGAAAUCGUCUGAAGAAAUCGUAGAAAUGUCGGAGAAAAAAGAUGAGCCUCAUCCAAAGCCGUCGGAGAACGAUAUGCCCGAAUCAGAAAGCGCAAAGAAAUUAAAACCAGUGGGAGCCAUUCCCCAGGCCAAACGGAUUCCGCAAAUAGAAGCCGACACCAAGGUGGCUCAAAAGGCAUUUCCAGAACCUGUCACCCAAGGUGAAGAAAUUGGAGAACUGCAAAGCGAUCAGGCGUCACUGCUAACAGUGGCAAAAACGGAAGUGGAGGUGGAGAGAACUGAAUGCCCGACUGAAAUCACUGCACUGAAGACUGAGUCUGCCAGCGAAAAGAAGGCAGCCGCCGUGCCAAAAUCCCUGCCAGAAAUUAAGGAAAGGAAAGAGGAACCGAAGAAAUCUGUUGUCACAGAGAAGAAGGAGCUCAAGAAAUCCCUAACGGAUAUAUCUUUAAAAAAGGAAAAAGAAACUGAAAAAUCCUUACCGGUGGAUAACCCUAAAUCAUCACCAUUAGCUGCGGUUAAAAAGGAGGAAGAAUCUAUUGAGUUGGAAACGUAUUCAAAAGUAUCGCUUAAAAAAGAUAAGGAAUCGGAGAAGUCCCCCACGGAAAGUACGCUUGAUAAGCAAAAAGGGGUAGAAAGGUUAUCAAAAGAAGUUGAUUUUGAGAAGGAAAUGGAAACGAAGAAAUGUUUGCCAGAAAUUACUCUAGCUAAGCAAAAGCCAAAAGAAAUUGUAAAGGAAAAGUCGCCAUCAGAAUGUACUUUACUAGCGAUGGAGGAACUGGAGAAAUCCAUUACUAAUACUAAUCAAAAGGAUAAACAAACUGCCAAAAGCCCACCAGAAGUUUCUUUUGCGGAGAAGAACGAGCCAACAAAACCACUACCAGAAUCUGCUCCGCCAGAGAUCUCGAAAUUACCACCAGAUCACGCAACACCCCAUGAAACUGCAGUUGAGGCUCCCAAAGAGGAACAAGCUGGGAAGAAGCCCCUCAGCGACUAUUCUACACCUUCCUGCAAAUCCAAGGAUAAAUUCUCUCCAGCUUUCGUUGAGUGCGAUGCCAUGUUCAAGGCCAUGGACAAAGCGAAUGCCAAGAUGCGUCUCGAGGAGAAGAGCAAAAAGAAGCAGAAGAAAGUACCGCCCAAGGUGGACUCCCCCAUCCCCAUUGCUUCAUCCACGCCGGCUCUUGGCCAAAAGAAGUCGCUAGGCGGCAAGACCGGCACACGCCGCAACACCAUCUAUGAGGAUUCUCCCAAGCCGGAGAGAAACAGCUCUCCUAGUUCCGAUUCCACCCAUGUAUCCACGCCAGUUGGCAAGAUGAAGCGGUCCAAGGCCAAGAAAAAGCUAAAUGCAAGGCGCAGCACGAUCUCUGAGGAAGCAAAAGAUCUCAGGAAUAGCAGCCCACCCACGGAGGAGCUGGUGGCAGCCAGUUCGCCUGUUUCCUCCUCAUCAGAUUGCUCUUCGAAACGAAACCAAUGCAAGACAGCCUCCCCUGAGCUGGGCGGUGGCUCUAAGUUGGACCUGCGCCGGAACACCAUCUGCGAGGAUCGUCAAGCUGACACCGCCACUCCGGUCCCGCUCACCAAGCGUCGCUUCUCGAUGCAUCCCAAGGCAUCAGCGAAUCCCCUGCAUGAUACCCUUCUACGGACUUCUUGCAAAAAGAGGGGCCGAAAGGCGGGCAAGGGAUCGCUGAGCCGCCAGAAUUCGCUGGACUCCAGUUCAAGUGCUUCUCAAGGACCCCAGAAAAAGAAAGCACUGAAGACAGCGGAAUCUCUACAUGCGGCACUUAUGGAAACCGAGUCGUCCGAGUCCACUUCUUCGGGAAGCAAGAUGCGACGCUGGGAUGUGCACACUUCACCGAAUCUGGAGCCUCCCAAUCCCCUCAGGGAUAUUGCCAAGUUCAUCGAAGACGGGGUGAAUCUCCUCAAGCGCGAUUACAAAGUUGAGGAAGACCAGCGGGAGGAGGGUCAGGAGGAUGUCAAACGAGAACCAGAUACCGAGGAGGAAGAGUUUGCACAACGAGUGGCCAAUAUGGAGACCCCGGCCACAACGCCCUCUCCUUCUCCAACGCAGUCCAACCCGGAGGAUUCGGCCUCCACUACCAACCUUCUUCAGGAUAACAGUGGCGGCGGAGGAGUGCGUCGCUCCCAUCGGAUCAAGCAGAAGCCGCAGGGACAACGGGCUAGCCAGGGAAGAGGCGUGGCCAGCAUGGCCCAGGCGCCGAUCAGCAUGGACGAGCAGCUGGCUGAGCUGGCCAACAUCGAGGCCAUAAACGAGCAGUUUCUGCGCAGCGAGGGGCUCAACACUUUCCAGCCGCUGAGGGAGAACUACUACCGAUGCGCCAGGCAGGUGAGUCAGGAAAACGCCGAGAUGCAGUGCGACUGCUUCCUUACUGGCGACGAGGAGGCGCAGGGACAUCUAAGCUGCGGCGCCGGCUGCAUCAACCGGAUGCUGAUGAUCGAGUGCGGACCGUUGUGCACCAACGGCCAGCGGUGCACAAACAAGCGCUUCCAACAGCACCAGUGCUGGCCAUGUCGGGUUUUCCGCACGGAGAAGAAGGGGUGCGGCAUCACGGCGGAGCUGCAAAUGCCGCCGGGCGAAUUCAUCAUGGAGUAUGUGGGAGAGGUAAUCGACAGCGAGGAGUUUGAGCGGAGGCAGCAUCUGUACUCGAAGGAUCGCAAGCGUCACUACUAUUUCAUGGCCCUGCGCGGAGAGGCCAUCAUUGACGCCACCUCCAAGGGCAACAUCUCGCGGUACAUCAACCACAGCUGUGACCCGAAUGCCGAGACCCAGAAGUGGACGGUCAACGGAGAGCUGCGAAUUGGCUUCUUUAGCGUGAAGCCCAUUCAACCAGGUGAGGAGAUCACCUUCGAUUACCAGUAUCAGCGGUAUGGCCGCGAUGCACAGCGUUGCUACUGCGAGGCAGCCAACUGCAGAGGCUGGAUAGGAGGCGAACCGGACUCCGAUGAGGGGGAGCAAUUGGAUGCGGAUAGCGACAGCGAAGGGGAGAUGGAGGAGGAGGAACUGGAGCCGGAGCCGGAGGAGGAGCAGGGCCAGCUCCGUAAGAUUUGUGCAAAAGCAAAGCCCAAGUGCAAGCUGAAGGUGAAGUUGCCCCUGGCCACCAAAAGCAAACGCAAGGAGCAGCAGACCAAGCCCAAAGAUCGUGAAUACAAGGCUGGCCGCUGGCUGAAACCCACUGCUGGUGGUUCAUCAGGAUCAGGGGAGAAGGCUUCAAGGAAGCCGAAGGUCAGCAAAUUCCAUGCCAUGCUCGAGGAUCCCGAUGUGCUGGAGGAACUGUCACUGCUCAGUCGCAGCGGGCUGAAGAAUCAACUCGACACGCUGCGCUUUUCGCGCUGCAUGGUGCGAGCCAAGCUCCUGCAGACGCGUCUUCAACUUCUGGGCGUUCUCUCGCGUGGAGAACUACCCUGUCGACGGCUUUUCUUGGACUACCAUGGCCUUAGAUUGCUACACGCUUGGAUAAGCGAAAGCGGCAACGAUAGCCAGCUGAGAAUGGCUUUGCUAGAUACCCUUGAAUCCCUACCUAUUCCAAAUCGCACCAUGCUUAAUGACAGUCGCGUAUACCAGAGUGUCCAGCUGUGGAGCAACGGUCUGGAGCAGCGGCAGCCUGCGGCGGGAGACGGGGAUCAGGCCCAGACGCAGGCGGCUCUCCACAAGCGCAUGGUGGCCCUCCUUCACAAAUGGCAAGCUCUGCCCGAGAUCUUUCGCAUUCCGAAGCGCGAGCGGAUCGAGCAGAUGAAGGAGCACGAACGGGAGGCGGAUCGCCAGCAGAAGCACGUCCAUGCGAGCACGGCCCUGGAAGAUCAACGGGAGCGGGAGAGCAGCGGCGAUCGUUUCAGACAGGAUCGCUUUCGGCGGGACACAACCAGCAGCCGAAUUAGCAAACCAAUCCGCAUGAGUGGAAACAACACGAUAUGCACGAUAACCACCCAGCCGAAGGGCAAUAAUGGAUCCAUGGAUGGUAUGGCCAGGAACGACAGUCGCCGAAGGCCCGACAUGGGACCCUCUACGGAGCCAAGGCGCACGUUGUCCAAGGAGCUCCGCCGCAGUCUGUUCGAGAGAAAGGUGGCCCUGGACGAGGCUGAAAAGCGUGUUUGCAGCGAGGACUGGCGGGAGCAUGAGCUGCGCUGCGAGUUCUUCGGCGUGGACCUGAACACAGAUCCCAAGCAGCUGCCCUUCUACCAGAACGCGGACACUCGCGAAUGGUUCAACAGCGAGGACAUGCCUGUGCCAGCACCGCAGCGCACAAAGCUGCUGUCGCACGCGCUGCUCUCCCCUGAAGUGGAUGGUGGACAGGCUGUUUCCCCUAUCGUGGAGUACAAGCUGCCAGCCGGAGUGGAUCCCCUGCCGCCAGCCUGGCACUGGCGGAUGACAAGCGAGGGCGAUAUCUACUACUACAACCUGCGGGACCGGAUAUCACAAUGGGAGCCGCCCAGUCCGGAGCAGCGACUUCAAACGCUGGUGGAUGAGGAUCCCACACAGCAGCCGCUUCAUGAGCUUCAGAUCGAUCCCGCGCUCCUGGCCACCGAGCUCAUCCAAGUCGACAUGGAUUAUGUGGGCUCGCUUAGCUCCAAAUCCCUGGCCCAAUACGUCGAGGCCAAGGUACGAGAGCGUCGCGAGUUGCGCCGCAGCCGCCUCGUCUCCAUCCGUGUGAUCAGUCCAAGGAGAGACGAGGACCGCCUGUACAAUCAGCUAGAGUCCCGGAAGUACAAGGAGAAUAAGGAGAAGAUCCGCCGGCGCAAGGAGCUCUUCCGCAGGCGCAGGAUCGACGUCACAGCGACACCUGCUUCGAUUGCGAAUUGCUCGGCCAAUCCAGAAGAUGCAACUACCGCCGGCAGUUCACUGCCCAUCCAGGCCUAUUUAUACUCCUCCGACGAGGAUGCGUCAGAUGCCCCAGCUGCUGCGGACUUGCCCGUGGUAGAAGGGGCUGUGGCGCAGGUGGAGGAACUCGAUUCACUUAAUCUGGCACCGAGCACCAGUCACGCGGCUCUCGCUGCUCUCGGGAAGUCGGCCGGUCAGGGGACCCAGGCGAGUGGAGCGGCCACCAAGCGUAAGUUACCGAUGCCACCGCAUGUGCCGGUCAAGAAGCAUCGCCAGGAGCACCGCAGCAAGAAGGGCAAGAGUUCCCAAAGCCUUUUGACUACCACGAGCGGACGCGAGGCACACGAAAAGUUCCGCUUCGAAAUCAGCGGGCAUGUGGCCGAUUUCCUGCGUCCUUAUCGCAAGGACAGCUGUCAGUUGGGUCGAAUUACUAGCGACGAGGAUUACAAGUUCUUGAUCAAGAGGCUAAGCCAUCACAUUACCACCAAGGAAGUACGGUACUGCGACUUGACCGGCAAUCCUUUGUCGUGUACGGAAUCCGUCAAGCACAAAUCUUACGACUUCAUUAACCAGUACAUGCGUAAAAAGGGCCGCGUCUACCGAAAACCAGCAGAGAGUACCAUAUUUUAACUCCAAUACCUAGCCGUAAAGGAGCAAAAUUUUAAUGGGGGGGAAAGGAACCCCAGGACGUUUUCUCUUUCUGCACCACAACCCGAACCAAAUCCCACAUGGAACUAAAACUAUACAUUUACGUCAUUUGUACACACUAGACUAGAAUUAAGAUCCUUAGCGUGUGACCUACCCCUCGAAGUCGGUAGAGUCUUAUUUAAACAUAACUAGAACAUUGUAGAUCGUGGAAAUAGACAUAGACAACAAAUAUACGGAAAAAUUAUUGGAAAAAAAAUUAAAAAAGCUGGAAGCUAUAAUUGGAAAUUAUUGGUGUAAUUUCAUAUUUUGCAAACAUAGGUAAUUAUUAUAAUUUUUUUGCUAUUUACAAGCUUCCAAAAUGUAUUAUUUGCUAAGUUUUCAAUAUUACUUAUAAAAUAUUCCAACGUAUAAAAUUUUGAUGUUCGUGUUAGCCAUGUUGGCUAUUCAAAAACUCAAGAUAAUAAAGGGCUAAACAAUAAAGAAUUUUCGUUUGGGAAGGGGAUCGUCUUAACGAGUGCACACCGAAUUUAACGUCUUGUUCAAAGUCGUUUAUAUAAGAUUGUGAAUAAUAUCGAUUGCGUGACCCUAUCUUCAGCACAUAUGUCUAUUGCGUGGCUUAAUACUUUUGGAUGUUUCCCCAUAUUAGCUUAUUGACGAAAACAACUUAGACCUUAAAUCAAUCUACUAAUUCAAAGCAAAUGUGUUUAGAUGUUGAUCGGGUAAAAUAGUUUUUUUUUAUUUAUAUAAUAUAAUAAGAUAAUAUUACACUCCUUGAACAUGAAAAGAAAAGAGAGAGCAAGAAAAUUCACUUUAAGUGCGAGCGAGAGCAAUAAAUUCCUUAUAUGAAACCUUUCCAUAUUUUACGUACAUACAUUUUAAGUUCCUGUAACGACGAUAUUUCGUCUUAGAGAAUAAUAUAUUUUUAUUUUACUUACAGAUGUAAGGAUAUAAAAGCUUCGGCUUGUGGAAUUAAGCAUUUUUUCUUUUUGACAUCUUGAGCCUUGGAAAUAUUUUUUUUGUAAUAAAAAUAAAAAAUAAUCAUUUUAACAAUAUUUAAAUGUUUUAAUAAAUGAAAAGUACUGUAAUAGCGCAGAUUAGAACCAUAGUAUGUAAGCAUAUCUUAGACUUAGUGCCAAAGGUAACGACUACGAAUAAAACCGAAAGCGGCAUGUUUUGUGUACGAAAUUAUGUUGUGAAAAAAAAUGGAUUAAUUUUUAAAUACAAUUAUGUAAUUUUAUUAAAUAUAAAUUUAAUAAGUUGCUUUAAUCGGGAGCAGUUACGAAAAACAAUUGUUCAUAAACGAUAUUCUUUUAUAAAUAUAUUAUUUUUUAUUUUUUCAUCUGAA